AUGUCUUCUCUCGCUCAGUGGAUUGCUGCCUGCUGGAGCUGGAUUAAAGCAAACUCUAGCUCCGAUCUGGAAAACCCAAACUCCUUUGUGAACAAAGUUGCAAUCUUUGAGGAUCUUAAACGCAUCCCUUAUCUUCUGGUUUCGUUUGACUCGAGGAACAUGGCGAUGGGGAAGUAUUCCCGUGUAGACGGGAAGAAAUCAUCGAGCUAUGGAUUAACCAUUACCAUUGUUCUGGUCCUCUCCCUCUGUUUAGUUGGGGCAUGGAUGUUCAUGUCUUCUUGGUCUGCCCCGGCCGAUUCUGCUGCUUAUUCCUCAAGUGAUACUACAAAAGACGUGGAGCCUGCUUCGAAGAACGAGUUAACAAAAGAAGAAGGCGAUCGAAUCCCAAGGAACUUCUCUGAUGAAAAGAAGGAGGAGAACGAGGCUGUGCCCGAGAACAACGAAUCUGUUUCUGAGAAAUCUGGUGAGGAAAGCCAGUUCGAUGAGAGCUCCGGCGAGAAAACUGAGGCGGUUGAGGGAAGAAAAGAGUCUGGUGGCAGUAAUGGUGAAGGAGAUGUGGAGAAAGAGAAGAAUGUGAAAGAAGUAGAAUCUGAAAGUGAUGAAGGAAAGGAGAAAGAGAAAACGCAGCUGGAAGAGACCACGGAAGAAAACAAAUCUGAGGAUGGCAAUGUAACGGAAGAAAAGCCUGAAGAGAAAUCGUCGGAAGAGAAUGCUAGUGAAACUGAAGAAAGCACGGAGAAGAGUAGUAACAAGGACGCCUUCCCAGCUGGUGACCAGGCUGAGAUUACAAAAGAGACGAGCACCGGAGAUGGAGCUUGGUCAACACAAUUGGUUGAGUCGCAGAACGAGAAGAAAACACAACAGUCCUCCUCCAUAUCUAAGGACCAAAGUAGCUACGGAUGGAAAACGUGCAAUGUGACUGCUGGUCCGGACUACAUCCCUUGCCUUGACAACUUGCAAGCAAUCAAAAAGCUUCACAGUACAAUGCAUUAUGAGCACCGUGAGCGCCACUGUCCCGAGGAAUCUCCACGUUGCCUUGUGUCUCUGCCUGAUGGGUAUAAGCGAUCCAUCAAGUGGCCAAGCAGCAGGGAAAAGAUCUGGUACAACAAUGUUCCACACACCAAGCUUGCAGAGAUCAAGGGACAUCAAAAUUGGGUGAAGAUGAGUGGUGAGCAUCUCACGUUCCCUGGUGGUGGUACUCAGUUUAAGAACGGUGCUCUUCAUUACAUUGAUUUCAUCCAACAGUCGUAUCCUGCUAUUGCCUGGGGAAAUAGAACCCGUGUUAUAUUGGAUGUCGGGUGUGGAGUUGCUAGCUUCGGUGGUUACCUUUUCGAAAGGGACGUUCUUGCUUUGUCAUUUGCUCCCAAGGAUGAGCACGAGGCGCAAGUGCAAUUCGCACUGGAACGUGGUAUUCCUGCGAUGUUAAAUGUCAUGGGAACCAAAAGAUUACCCUUUCCUGGUUCUGUGUUUGACCUUAUCCAUUGUGCUCGUUGUAGAGUCCCUUGGCAUAUUGAAGGUGGAAAGCUUCUUUUGGAACUGAAUCGUGCUUUGAGGCCGGGUGGUUUCUUUGUCUGGUCAGCGACUCCAGUCUAUAGGAAGAAUGCAGAAGAUUCUGGUAUAUGGAAAGCAAUGUCGGAGCUCACAAAGGCAAUGUGUUGGAAGCUGGUGACAAUCAAGAAAGACAAAUUGAAUGAGGUUGACCUCAAAACGAUCCACCUCUCUGCAAGGAUUCCGAUGAUCAAAACGCAGCCUGGUAGAGUUGCCUUCAACCCUGAGUCAAUUUUACUAGUAAACCAAUGCAACCUGAUGCUCAUAUAUUUAAUUUACGGGUUUAGGAAUGUUCCACUUGAGGCAUGUAUGCAUAAAGUGACAGAAGAUUCAUCGAAGCGGGGAGCAGCGUGGCCCAACAUGUGGCCAGAAAGGCUUGAGACUGCUCCUGAGUGGUUGGAUUCACAGGAAGGUGUUUAUGGAAAACCUGCACCAGAGGAUUUCGCAGCGGACCAAGAGAAGUGGAAGACUACUGUCUCAGAGUCGUACCUUAAUGGCAUGGGAAUCGAUUGGUCUAAUGUGAGAAAUGUGAUGGACAUGAGGGCAGUCUAUGGAGGGUUUGCUGCUGCAUUGAAGGAUCUCAAGUUAUGGGUGAUGAACGUGGUUCCUGUGGACGCGCCAGACACACUUCCGAUCAUAUAUGAACGCGGUUUAUUUGGAAUCUAUCAUGACUGGUGUGAAUCAUUCAACACGUAUCCCAGAACUUACGACCUUCUCCACGCCGAUCAUCUUUUCUCUACCCUAAGGAAGAGGUGCAAUUUGGAGUCGGUAAUGGCUGAAAUAGAUCGGAUUCUUAGGCCAGAGGGAACUUUCAUCGUAAGGGACGACAUUGAAACAAUAGGGGAAGUUGAGAAAAUGGUAAAAUCCAUGAAAUGGAAGGUGAAAACGACGCAGUCUAAAGACAACGAAGUCUUGCUUUCAGUUCAGAAGUCAUGGUGGCGUCCUACAGAAACCGAGACAAUCAAAUCGGCAAUCGCUUAA